AUGCUGGACCUUCCACGCCGACCCAUGAUUCAGUGCCUCUUUCUGUCCUUGUGGUUGGUGAACAGUUGGCACCGAACGUCUGGCUCCAUUGGCGAUGGCAGACAGAUGUGGCAGAAGCCCAAGCCGGUCCCGAUCAGUCUAGAACAAUCCUUUCUUCGUGAUACUUUCCCCCCAGGAUUCCUGUGGGGGUCCGGCACGUCCGCCUUCCAGACCGAAGGAUCCCGGGACCGGGACGGAAAGGGUGCGUCCGUCUGGGACCAUUUCACCCAAUCGAGGAGGGCCGAUGCGACCGGUGACAGCUACGCUCGCUGGGAAGAAGACGUGCAGGCGCUCGAGUAUUUGGGGGUGAAAUCGUACUCUUUCUCCCUCUCGUGGCCCAGACUGUUCCCCGAUGGCAGAGCGAGAGGUCCUCCCAGUCAACCUGCAGUGGAGCACUACAACCGCCUCAUAAAUAGGCUUCUGCAAAAGCAAAUCGAGCCCAUCGUUACCAUCCAUCAUUGGGAUCUGCCGCUGGUCCUGCAGGAGGUCUACGGCGGAUGGAAAAACCACACGCUCGUUGGAUUGUUCGAGGACUACGCUGCCUUUUGUUUCGGCGCGUUCGGGGACCGCGUUAGGUACUGGCUUACGAUGCAUAACCCGUAUCUGGUGGCUGUACACGGGUACGGCACUGGGGUGCAUGCCCCCGGGGAAACCGGGGGGGACGCCGCCGCUCUUAUUGUGGCCCACAAUUUGAUCAGGGCGCAUGCCAAAGCCUGGCACACCUAUAAUACCCACUACCGCCCAGCUCAGAAGGGUCAAGUGUCCAUUGUUUUGGGCUCCCACUGGGUUGAAGCUCAAAAAGGCCAAUCCGCAGCCGCCGCUGUCGAACUUUGUCAACAGUCGAUGGAAGCUGUUCUCGGUUGGUUCGCCGAUCCCAUUUUAGGCGAUGGAGAUUAUCCAGCUUCGAUGAAACUCAAGCACGAUGGCCUCCUGCCCGCAUUUUCUGCCGAGGAGAAGCUGCGGGUGAAGGACACGGCCGACUUCUUCGCCCUGUCCUUCGGGCCGAACGUCCUCCGUCUGGGUCGAAACCUGCCUCGCUUCGGCCAGAACGUGUCUCCGGAUCUGAGGCGCGUCCUGGCCUGGAUCAAGCUGGAGUACGGGGACUUGCCCGUUCUGCUGGCCGAGGGUGGAUGGUUCUCUGAAGCGAGUGUGGGCAGAGAGGACACAGUGGCCCUUUACCUGAUGAAGAGAUUUAUCAACCAGGCAUUACAAGCUGUCAGGUUGGAUGGCGUUCGGUUGCUGGGCUACACCGCGUGGUCACUGCUGGACAGCUUUGAAUGGAACUACGGCUACACGGUGCGCCGGGGCCUUUUCUACGUCGACUUCACUCAUCCUAAUCGCACCAGGACGCCCAAAACCAGCGCGCAGUACUACCGGCGGGUUAUCGCUGACAACGGUUUCCCCCGAGCGGAGCCCUCCGCAGAGGUCGAAGGUCAUUUCCCCUGUGAUUUUCACUGGGGUAUUGCUGACUCCACCUUGGAGGUCCGCUUUUUCCCCUUCUCCCCCCAGUUUACAGAUCCCCGUGUGUACAGUUGGAACCGGACAGGAGAUGGACUAUUGCGUGCAAUCCCAGGAGCGAAGCUUCACGCUAAUCGUUCCCAGUGCACGGACUUUCUGGCCAUCCGUAAUCAUCUCUACCUGUUUGCCUCGACGGGGGCGACGCACUACCGCUUCGCUCUAAACUGGUCUCUGAUUUUACCACACGGAGACCUCUCCGAUGUCAACGUGGAAGCGCUGAGGUACUACGGCUGUGUGCUCAGCGAGCUGAAGAAGCUGGACCUGGAGGCUGUGGUUAUCCUCUACUACCCGACGCACAAAGCUCCCAACCUGGGCUUGCCCGGCGCUCUGCACGCCUCGGGGGGCUGGCUCAACUCCAGCACCGCGGAGGCCUUUCGAGACUACGCGGCACUCUGCUACCGGGAGCUGGGCUCACGGGUCCGCUACUGGAUCACGGUGAACGAGCCCAACAGGCUGACGGAUAUUUAUUCCGACGGCGACGAGCGACAGCGGGCUGCCCGUAACCUCCUUGUGGCUCACGCGAAAGCCUGGCGGCUCCACGAGCGGAGGCGCCCUCGUCGGCCGGGGACUGAGGUGUCGCUGGCGCUACACGCCGAUUGGGCCGAGCCUGCGAAUCCCUUCCUCCUGAGGUCACAUGCGGCGGCGGUGGAGAGAUUCCUUCUUUUUGAACUGGGUCGCUUCCUGGACCCGUUGCUGAGGCCCGGUUAUGAGGAGAAGCGGGGCAAAGGGGACGACCCACCAGAGAUGACGACUUACCUGAAGGAGCGAGCUCGACUUCUGGGCCAACAAAGAUCUCCUCUUCCUACUUUUAGCAAAAGCGAGAGAGAGGAGCUCCGAGGUGCACUGAGUUUCAUCGCGUUGAAUCAUUUCACCACCCGCCUGGUUUCUCCCUUUCCGAAUAAUGUUCAGCGAAAAGACCCGAGCGACCACGACUGCCUCAUCCUCUCCGACCCCACCUGGCCCUCCUCCGGUCUGGGCCAAGCUCUCGUCCCUUGGGGGCUGCGAAAGGUCCUGACCUGGGUGACGGAGCGAUACGGAGGCGCGAAGCCUAUCGUUGUCACAGCGAGUGGGGUUGAUGACCAGGCUCCUGUCCGGGAUAGCACGAGGCAGCACUAUCUCAAAAGUUACCUGCAGGAGGCUCUGAAAGCACGGCAGUUGGAUGGAGUCAACCUGCGGGGUUUUUAUGUGUGGAAGUUGCAGGAUGAUCAUGCACCUCAGUAUGGUCUUUUUAGCUCAGCCAACCACCAAUCCAAAGCAAAGGCCUCCAUUGACGUCUACAGACAAAUCAUCACUCGGAACGGUUUCCCCAGAAACGCCACCUCGAACGAGUGUCGCUCCGCUGAGGCCCGGCCAGCGUGUUCCUUAUGCGUGUGGGUGUCCAAGAACAAGGCCCUGACUUUCUUUGGCUUCUGCCUCAUGCUCACAUCUAUCGUCUUCACCGUGCUGGUCUUCUCCACCGUCGUCACCAGGAGAAAGUACACCAAGGGGCGGAGGAGCAGAGUGAGCAUCGCGAGCAGGAGAAGGAGAGGAAGGGGUGCAGGAGUGCAGGACUUGUGUAGGCCUGCUGUCAAGCUGACUCAUUGUGCCAUACAUUAG